GAAAGGGAAGCCCAUGACAAGCCGGAAGAGUAAACGGAUCUUUAUCUGUAACUGCUCUAAAACGUAUGUUUUUGGUGUCAUAGUCAUCGGUCACAGCUCUACUCUAUAUUCAUUGUAAAUACCAGAUUGACAUGCUUAUAAAUAAGGACUUAAUAACCACUGCGAUUAUCCAACCAAAGACAUUCAAAUGUGUUACUUCUCAAUUCCGACUUUUUUUAGAAGUCACUGAAGGCAACAACGUGACGUCAGGCGGUUUGGAUUUCCUGGCGGGACGGGUCGUACACGGACCGCGUCUUCUCACCGGGAGCGAGCGGCCGAGUCCUCGGCGCGGACAUGGACAGCGUCUUGCUCAGAGACAACCCGCUGCUCGUCCCGCUCAACCGGGACAAGACGCUAUACGACGGAUUCAUCACCGUGCAGGACCGGGACUUCCGACUGAGGGUGCUGCUCCCGGCUGCUGGAGGACUGAAAGGUGCCAGGCUGCACUGCUGUUGGCAGUUGAAACACCUGUUGCAGGGCUACGAACACGUAGUGAAGCAGAGGCUGCAGCAGUCGGCUGAUCUUGUCACUUUCGUUCUGGAGCUGAAGACCGUCCUGGAAGUGUGUCUGAAAAGCUGUCCGGAGUGCCGCUCCAUCCCCCCCCCCCAGUAUUACUCGCGGCUCAUCUCUGAGAUGGAGACCCUCGGGUGGAGCAGGCUGCUCUUCAUCGACACCGAGUUCCGGACGCUGAGACUGAAGGCGGAGGACUCUUCAGGACGGCAGCACGUUCUCACCGUCAAGCUCAAGCCUAAGAAAUGAAGCCAAAUGUGGUUUGCGGCAAGUGACCGCUGUGCUGCUUCUGCUCGGGUUGCUUCAGAGUACUCUGGACCAGCUGCACAGACAGUUCCUGCUGAUCCUGGAGUCCCUGAGCGAGUUCUGGGACGUCCUGGACCAGAUUGACAGCAACACGUGGAUCCUGGAGCCGGAAAAACCCAGCCGGUCGGACACCAUGAGGCGGAUCGCCAUCGGAACCAACGUGUCCAUCAAAGUAGAGGUGGAUCCCAAACACCCUCGGAUGCUGCCGGAGUGCUGCCUGCUGGGAGCCGAGCACGCGGUGACUCCGCUGAGGAAUAAGCUGAACGCCAACAUGCACCUGUGGAACCUGGACUCCGGCGUCUUGCACAACCUCCGGGAUGUUUUGGAGAUCGAAUUCCCGUCACCCGCCACCCACGAAAAAUCUAGUUUCAGCACUGAGUGUGGGAUCUGCUACUCCUAUCGCCUUGAGUCUGCCGUCCCCGAUCAGGUGUGCAACGAGCCGCGCUGUGGUCAGCCCUUCCAUCAGGCCUGUCUGUAUGAGUGGCUGCGAGCGCUCCCCUCCAGCCGGCAAAGCUUCUACAUGGUCUUCGGAGAGUGUCCUUACUGCAGCAAGCCCAUCACGGUGAAGAUGGCCCCCCAGCAGUGCUGAGGACGCGGGGUUCAUACAGCGAGGACCAGCCCCAGGAAGAGCAGGACGCUCACGUACACCAGCCGGGUCCACAGGCCCCUCCCCCAUGGGCCAGCUUCCUGUUCCAGACCCCCGAGAGCGGACCCCCCCCUUUCACCAGAGCCCCGUCUGUGUUCCCAGCAGAGGCUGGUGCCAUACCCCCACCCACGGAGCCCUCGCUGGUCCGAGGGGGUCGACCAGGGCUCUCGGAGCUCCGCCCCCCUGCGGUGCUGCUGGUGGUGGGGGGGGGGCCCCCUGUGGUGCGUCGGCCGUGUGUGUUUCCUGCCCUUCCAGGUGCGAUCCGUCCUCUGUCAAAGAGUAAUCAAGCGUUGUGUACUGGGGAGUGGGCUGGGGGGGGUCUUUGGAACAACGAGUCGGACAACUUGCUUAUUAUAAUGCUUGUUAUUAUCAAGUUAUUACAGGAAAUAAAAAGCUGCUGCUUUGCCAUCUCGUCCUCA